GACUGCGUUUAUUCGACCCCCGUUCGAAGUUGCACUCGUUGCGGAGGAAAUGGCGGCCAUCAAGUGUAGAACGGUUUGCUGUUGCCAACCAGUCAAGAACGCUCGAGAUUGACGCGUCAAAUAUGUAACUGUCUCUCCCCUUGUCAGGCUCAGUGGACACGAGAAUAUGUUUGUAAGCGGAGGUAAAGGCAGUUUGUCUCGGAUGUUGAAGACAUAACAGGAACCCUUGACAUUCGGAAGCAUCUGCGGCACAGCAGACUCCUCGCAGGAGAAUGGCCAAAGAGCCGAAACAAGGCCGCGUGGAAACGUUUGUACUGGCUGGAUCAAACGGUCACAAUGGCCGAGAGUGGCAGACUGGUCUGAGUAGCUCGGCCCACCAUCCCCCGGGCGCCAACCCCACGUCGAGGAUGGCCCGCGUGGCUUCGGACGUGAGGCACAAGUGUGCGGCCUACGUGCUCGCGCUGAGGCCGUGGAGCUUUAGUGCCUCGCUCACGCCGGUGGCCCUCGGCAGCGCCUUGGCGUACAAAUUGGGGGGCUCGGUGGACUUGGUCAUCCUAAUGGUGUGCGCGGUGACCGUCCUCGUGGUCCACGGGGCGGGAAACCUCGUGAACACCUACUAUGACUUCUCCAAAGGGAUUGACCACAAGAAGAGUGACGACAGGACUCUGGUGGAUGAAAUCUUGGCGCCGCAGGAUGUGGUCAUGUUCGGAGCCUUGUUGUAUUCUUUGGGGUGCUUGUGUGCCACUCUGCUCUUUUUCCUGUCUACGCUUCGACUGGAGCACCUAGCCCUCAUUUACUUCGGGGGACUGUCCAGCUCUUUUUUAUAUACCGGAGGCAUCGGCCUCAAAUACGUGGCCCUGGGAGACGUGGUGAUCCUCAUCACCUUCGGCCCGCUGGCGGUCAUGUUUUCCCACGCGGUGCAGGUGGGCUACCUGUCGGUGUUGCCGCUGGUGUACGCCGUGCCGCUGGCCCUCAACACAGAAGCCAUCCUCCACAGCAACAACACCAGGGACAUGGACUCUGACAAGCAGGCGGGCAUCGUCACCCUGGCCAUCCUGAUAGGCCCCACGCUGUCCUACGUCCUCUACAACGUCCUGCUCUUUGUGCCCUACGUGCUGUUUUGCAUCCUCGCCACCCGGUACACCAUCAGCAUGGCGCUGCCUCUGCUCACGCUGCCCAUGGCCUUCCCUUUGGAGAAGCUGUUCCGCAGCCGGUGCUACGCCAAGAUCCCCCAGAAGACGGCCAAGCUCAAUCUCCUCAUGGGACUUUUCUACGUGUUCGGGAUCAUUCUGGCCCCCCCCGGGAGCUUGCCGUCACUGUGAUUUCAUGAGAUUUGAUCAUUCAACAGUUUUAUUGUUUUAAUGCAGACUAGUUUGUGUACCUCUUUGUUUUCGUGAAAAGCUCUUUGAGGGCUCUGACUGGCUUUAAAUUAUUGUCAUAUUUAUGUUUUACAGACGUAGUUUGUUCCCCUCUGACACUGAAGGAAUCCGUUGUAUCUUUUCAGUAUUAUUAUUUGUGGGCGACAUUUUGUAGAGGUAGGCAAUAUUUUUGUAAUCUUGAGGACGGAUAAUAAACCAACAGUUGCUAUAUUUGUUGUUCAAGACACAACAUUGAUAAAUGAAUAAACUGAUGUUCUCCACAUUGUAAUUGAAUGGUAAAUGCUGAUGAAUUGCUUAUUGUUUUGUUUCCUUUGAAGAGCCAAAUAGUAUUUAAUUUGAUUAUAAUAAAACUCACUGAUGUCCCAUGUUUA